UCAGCUGUUUCCAAUCACAGCUGAUCACAUGGCACUUAUGAUCAGUGUGCCCUGAUGAUCAGUGUAGCCCCAGCAGUGCCACCUGUCAAAGUUCAUCAGUGCCUUAUGUCAGUGCUCAUCAGUGCCUUGUGCCAGUGCCACAUCAAUGCCACAUAUCAGUGGCCAUCUGAGCUGCCUUUCAGUGUCACCCAUCAGUGCCAGUCAGUGCCACCUAUCAAUGUCCAAUCUGUGCCACCUAUCAGUGCCAGUCAGUGCCGCCUAUCAGUGCCAGUCAGUGCUGCCUAUCAGUGCGCAUCAGUGCCGCCUAUCAGUGCUAGUCAGUGCCGCCUAACAGUGCCAGUCAGUGCCGCCUAUUAGUGCCAGUCAGUGACGCCUAUCAGUGCCAUAUAUAUCAGUGCCAUAUAUCAG